CCUAUCUGUGGAUAGGCCCUGAGUCACUGGAGGAGGGAUCGCAGGCAGCCCAGCCCUGUUACCUUUUCCCAGCCUACACUAUAAGGGGUAGUGGCAAGAAGGACAACUCUGGAAAGCAGGGGAGUCUGGGAACAGAGAGAGAAGGCUGUGGGUGCCGGGGAAGGGAGAAGAAGGAAGCCGGGAAGGAAGGAAGAGGUCUCAGCCUAGAGGAAGGGAGAACAAGUAGACUGGGCUGCAGAGAUCCUCAGGGGAGAGAGGGAGCUCAGCAGAGAUGAAGCUACAGGGGUCUCUGGCCUGUCUCCUGCUGGCCCUUUGUCUGGGUGGUGGGGCAGCCAACCCACUGCACAGCGGAGGGGAGGACUCAGGGGCUAGUGCUGCCAACGGAAUGGGAGACGCCCUAGGUCAGGGGCACGGAGAGGAAGGUGGCUCCGCAUUGAUGGGGAACAGAGGUGACGUUUUCGACGAGCCCCGGCUGGGGGAAGCAGUGCGAUCUCUGGGGAACGCUGGGAAUGAGAUUGGCAGACAGGCUGAGGAUGUCAUUCGCCGAGGGGUAGAUGCUGUCCACAACUCUGGCUCCUGGGGGACAUCUGGAGGUCAUGGCAUAUAUGGCCCUCAAGGUGGUGUUGGAGGCCAGGGCAAUCCUGGUCCUCAAGGGACACCCUGGGCCUCAGGAAACAACUAUGGCACUAACUCUCUGGGUGGCUCUGUGGGUCAGGGUGGCAAUGGCGGACCCCUCAACUAUGAAACCAAUGCCCAGGGAGCUGUGGCUCAGCCUGGCUAUGGGUCGGUGAGAGGCAACAACCAGAACUCAGGGUGCACCAACCCCCCACCUUCUGGCUCCCACGAAAGCAGCUUCAGCAGCUCCGGGGAAAGCAGCAGUGAUGGUAGUCGUGGUGGCCAAGGUGGUCGAGGCAGUAAUAGUCAGGGUGGUAGCGGCGGUGGCAGCGGCGGUGGCAGCAGUGGUGGUGGCAGCGGCGGUGGCAGUGGCGGCGGCAGCAGUGGCGGUGGCAGCGGCAGCGGCGGUGGCAGCGGCGGCGGCAGCGAUGGUGGCAGCGGCAGUGGCGGCAACAGCGGUUCUGGGUCCCGGGACCUAGAAACGUCUAAUUUUGAUGAAGGCUAUUCAGUCUCCAGGGGAAGUAGCUCAUCCUCUGGCAGCAGAGGCGGAAGUGGUGGUGGAAACAGACCUGAGUGUAACAACCCAGGGAAUGAUGUGCGCAUGUCCGGAGGAGGAUCUGGGAGUCAGGGAAAUAAAGAAAGUGGCCAUCUCCUUGGGGGCUCCCAUGACUACCAGGGGCACGGGUCCAAUGGCGGCAAUGUACAAAAAGAAGCUGUCAGUGGGCUCAAAACUAUGAACUCCGAUGCGUCUUCCUUGCCCUUCAACUUUGACGAUUUCUGGGAGAAUUUUAAGUCCAAGAUGGGUUUCAUUAACUGGGAUGCCAUAAACAAGGGUCGUGUCCCGCCUCCCAGCACUCGGGCCUUACUCUACUUCCGCAGACUCUGGGAGAAUUUCAAGCGCAACACUCCUUUCUUCAACUGGAAACAGAUUGAGGGCUCAGAUCUGUCAUCUCUGCAGAAGAGGGCAGGCGGUGCUGAUCAGUUUUCUCAGCCUGAUGCAGCAAGGCAAGAUCUGUCAGCUGAGUCAUCCAAGAACUACUACAGCAACCCGCAGGUGAACCCCACUUACAACUGGCAAUACUAUGCCAAGACCACCCCCAAGGCUGGAGUCACACCUUCGUCCUCAGCUUCCCGGGCACAACCUGGCCUGCUGAAGUGGCUGAAGUUUUGGUAGAACAUUCCUUCUAGUCACUGCCGACUCCUCACGCAAGUCUUCAGGGAGCUUGACUGUCCUUACCCACAGUCCUCUCUGAUGCGGCUGACCUACCCGGGCAUUACAAACCUGUCAUCUCACCUGGGGACUUGGUUUAUCUGUCCUCAUUCUCCCCGUUCGGCGACUGUGGUGUCUUGGAGACUAAUCAGUUUCGUUGGAUAACCAGCCAGUUCUUCACCACUUCUUCCGUAUGUGACCGGAAGUCCCCGGAAUGAGGCUGCGGAAGCUUCCUACUCUCCAGUUUCUCUGUGGAAAUAAAACAUGACUCUGUUUCCCUGA